CUCUCUCCCCCCCUGCCCCGCCUGUGUGUGCAUGUGUGGGGGGCGGGCACGGCGUCCCAGGAGGACAGACUUUGCAUUGAUGAAAACCCUUCCCAGCUCUUUGAAGCCUCUUUGCUGCUGCCUGAGCCCAGCCGUUUAGUCCUCUGUGUCCCGCACACUGUUCACUCACCGCCAGGAUGGCAUCUUGUCUGGCCCUGCACAUGGCGCUGCUGCUCAUCUCUGGGGUCCUAGUCCCUGCGGUGCUCACAGGGGACUUGGAGGGAGCUGGCUUGUUGCUCCUCCUUACUGUUCCGAGUCUGGAGAACAUCGAGUGCGUAAGAAGACAAGAUAAGGCCUGGACUACGGCCCCAGAAACACCUCCUUCUUUGCAGAGGGUCCCCAGGAGCCCAGUCCCACCCUGUGGAACGAGCCCAUUGAAUUGCCGUCGGGUGAAGGUCCCUUGGAGAGCACCAGCUACAGCCAGGAACUUGCAGCCUCGGGCCCGCCGUUCCCCACCUCUGCCCCAGGACCAGAGGACAACACCCCUCCUGCAGGAUCGCUCGGGCCCGGCGCCAUUGCGGCCAUCGUGAUCGCAGCCCUGCUGGCCACCUGCGUGGUGCUGGCACUCGUGGUGGUCGCGCUGAGAAAGUUUUCCGCCUCUUGAAGUCAAUAAAGGAGCCACGCCGGCCCGCCCGCCCGCGGCGACUCUGCAA